AUGUUUCCGGACUUCAAUAUCUGGGACAAAUUUGUGAAAGGGCUGGCAAAGGCGUCUGGUGAGACGUUUCGCUCUGGUGCCUCAAUGACGGAAGCCCAUCUGACGAAUAUCGACCCGACGACCACCAAUCCGGCGACUCUGCGUAUUUGGGAGGUCCCAAAGGGUAUUUUAUCCGCUCGCCUGACACAAGUAAUGAACUUGUUUUACGUGUGCAGCGUCGCUUUGCCACUCAUCACACUGGGACCCAACAUUCCUUCGCAGGGGAACUACUCGAAGAACUCCGAGAAUUAUCUCAACUUUGACAUCUCCGCACUCUCAAGCGCCACCGCCCAGGUUUUACAGGAGCAAUUUGUCGGAGUUGGUUGA